AAACGUUAUGUUGGAUUAAGAAGUUUUUUUAUGUUCGAAUUUCGCCUUCGUCUGUCCCUGAUGUUUCUGAUAUGAGUGUCCCUUUUAGGAGUAGUUGGAAUCCUUACAAUGGUCGUCAUUUAGUUGGUGUUCCUCUUGCUCCUGGGGAUAGUGAGUGCGUGGAAUACUUCAAGGAGACGAAGGCUCGGGAUUGGACUGUGGGGAGGCGGUCGGAGGUUUGGCGGCGCAUCCCGUUUAUUGACUCAGCUUGUUGGAGAAAGAUGGAUUUGAGCGAGAUUCCGAGUUUGGUUGACUGUUUUGCUGGGGGUAGUGACGAUGCCCCUGUUGUGGAGUCUGGUCAGUGUACCGCCGGUGUGGAGCCUUCGGCACCUGCUCGUAGUAUUGUUGUGGGUCUUACUAGUACGACAGUUCCUGUCCCGUCCGUUGGUGUUUCUGGAAAGGAAGUUGUUGCUGCGGGAGGCGAGAAGGUUGUGAAGAAAAAAACAAUUAUAGUUUUCCCAUAUUGUAAACUGUCUUUAUUUAAUAUGAGUUAG